AUGGAAGCAAAUCGAGCCAAUGACGUUCGUAAGGAUGGUAUCCGGUCUGUUACGGACGCUAGUACCUCCAUUCCACMCCMCMCCCGCCACGCUCGAUCUCACAAAUACUUUCUCUCCGAGCAGUCGAGUCUUGCGUCGCGGGAGACGCUGGUUGGCAUCAUGUCGGGGGCUCCACCGUACAGCCUACGAUCUCCUCCACCCGGCCAGCAAUCCUCCUACAACUCCUACUCUUCUUCACCCCCAAAAAGUCGCGCGUAUUAUCCGAAUAAUGAUCAAUACCAACAACACCCUCCGGAGACACCUCAACCCUACACCUCAUCCUAUUCCCGCAGUCCGCAUUUUCCUCAUGCUAGCUCUCCGCUAGCCAACACCUUGCCUCCCUUGAACGGUGGUCCUCAUUCGGAUACAUCUCCUUCUUAUCCGGGACAACAUCCAGGAUCAGCAGCUUCUGGUUACUCCCUGCCACGGAUUCAUACCCACGGCAUGUCUGAUACUCGCCCUUCUUCGUACGGGCAGCCAGCCGCUUCACAUUCUCAUCCGCCGAGCCGUCUUGAGAGUCAAUUAUUAUCUCCCAAGAAAGAACCAGACACCUCAUUCAUGUCUGCUCGUGAGAACGGGUCUAGCAGAUACCUUGCUCACUCUCCAGUGAUGCGUCCACCUUCGCCGAAGGAAACCAAACCUACACGCACUGCCGAUCCCAUGUCCUUUGCCAGCAUUCUCUCAGAGCCUACCGAGGAUACACCACCGCCUCGACGAGCUUCGCCGCCGCCUCCUCUCCCUCCUUCGCAGCCUAUAAUUCGCACCAAAGAAGCAGAGCCUGCUCCAGUUUUGCCUAGAUUGGAGAAGAAACCAAGCCAGGAAAAGCAACCGGCUAUUGUCGAACGGGAACGGGAGGAAAAGAUACUCUUACCUCCGCGUGAAAAUGGCUUGCAAAACCAGGAAAAGCCUGCCCCUAUCGUUCAAGCGCGCGUUGUAAAAGCACCACGCUUGACGCAGAAAGAUGCCGAAGCCAUCGAGCGAAAAGUGGCAGAGAUCGACAGAGCCGAGAAAAGCGACGUUGAGGAUGAAACUGGCUUCGAGGCGGAGCUCAAGCUUUACAUUGCUAAGAGCAAGAAGCGAGCAAUGGAGGCCGAUAUUCUAGAAUCUCAUAAGAUGAAGCGCCGCCGUAACGAAUUUCUCUUAAAACUGAGCGCCAACUUUACAAAUGGCGCCGAGGCUGGUGGCGAGCGUUUCCGUAGAGCGAACGAGCGUGAAGUCGUUGCUGAGGUUCAACGCAAGGAGGUUCAGGAUGAGAAAGAGCGCAAAAAGGACAUGCAACGAAAGCGUCGUCGCGAGAACACCGUACGCAUCGAGACUGCCAAGAAGCUCGAGGCAGAACGUAGGGCCAAGCGUACAGUCGAUCCUAUUGAAAAGGAGAAACUUUUGCGGGAAGCCGAGAAAGCCCAGAAGAAGAUUAAAGGUGUCAAACGAGCUCUCGAAAGAGGCAACCAACCGGCAGAGAUCAGUGAGGUCACCCCUCUUGCUCCUAAUAUGGAAGGUGGCACUACAAGCACAUUCCACAUUGGCAAAGAAAGGUCACCAUCUUCGAAGAAGAAAUCAUCUCGCCCAACUCCUUCGGCUCGCCCCAAGAAGUCGAAAGAGAAGAAGCAAGCCGAAAAGGAUGCAGCUGAGCAAGCUUAUCUAGCUGCAGAGAGGGACGAGCCGAUAGCUAUCCUACCCAAAGACGAACUUCGCCCAAGUGUUUCCAAGAAAGAUACCAAGGGUGCUCGAUCGAAAGAGCCAACGCCAACCCCCGCUAAUGCCUUCGAGACUAAGGGUUACAACCAGAUAUACGAGCAAAUUUGGCGCGAUAUUGCUCGAAAGGACAUCCCCAAGGUUUACCGAAUCAAGACCAUGUCGCUUAGUACACGUCAAGAGAAUUUGCGCAAGACUGCACAAUUAGCAAGCAAACAGUCUCGCAAAUGGCAAGAACGUACAAACAAGAGCACAAAGGACACACAAGCCCGUGCUAAGCGAACCAUGCGUGAAAUGAUGUCCUUUUGGAAGAGGAAUGAGCGCGAGGAGCGAGAUCUACGUCGUAUGGCAGAGAAGCAGGAAUUGGAGUUGGCCAAGAGAGCGGAGGCCGAUCGCGAAGCCAAUCGCCAGAAGCGAAAACUCAACUUUCUUAUCUCUCAGACCGAACUGUACUCUCACUUUAUCGGUCGUAAAAUCAAGACUGAUGAAGCAGAAGCCACAGGUGACCCCUCUAUACAAACGACUGGAGAAACGGUGCAGCCAGGGAAGCCUGGUGCUCACACUAUUGAUCUACCUGAUAGUGUAGCGGACACCAAGGCCAAGGUUACGGCAUUCGAGGAUCUCGACUUUGACGCAGAGGAUGAAACAGAACUUCGCAGGGCUGCUAUGGCCAAUGCUCAGAAUGCAGUUGAAGAAGCCCAGGCUCGUGCACGAGCCUUCAAUAACGAGGAGAACCCGAUGGCUGCACUCGAUGAAGGGGAAAUGAACUUCCAAAAUCCAACCAGUUUGGGUGACAUCCAGAUUUCGCAGCCCAAGAUGCUUACUGCUCAGUUGAAAGAAUAUCAAUUGAAAGGUCUCAACUGGCUUGUCAACCUUUACGAGCAAGGUAUCAAUGGUAUUUUGGCAGAUGAGAUGGGUCUCGGUAAAACGAUCCAGUCGAUCUCCGUCAUGGCAUAUCUUGCUGAGGUUCACAACAUCUGGGGCCCGUUCUUGGUUAUUGCUCCUGCAUCUACGCUCCACAAUUGGCAGCAGGAAAUCACAAAAUUCGUUCCAAACAUCAAAGUGCUACCAUACUGGGGUAAUGCGAAGGAUCGUAAGAUUCUGCGCAAGUUCUGGGACCGCAAGCAUCUCACAUACACCAGGGAGUCGGAGUUUCACGUUCUUGUAACAUCUUAUCAACUCGUUGUCUUGGACGCUCAGUACUUCCAGAAAGUCAAAUGGCAGUAUAUGAUUCUUGACGAAGCUCAGGCCAUCAAGUCAUCACAAAGUUCACGAUGGAAAAACUUGUUAGGUUUCUCUUGCCGUAACCGACUCUUGCUCACGGGUACCCCCAUCCAGAACAACAUGCAAGAACUUUGGGCUUUGCUGCAUUUCAUCAUGCCUACAUUGUUUGACUCUCACGACGAAUUUAGCGAAUGGUUCUCCAAAGAUAUUGAGUCUCACGCGCAGAGUAACACCAAACUCAACGAAGAUCAACUCCGGCGUCUUCAUAUGAUCCUCAAGCCUUUUAUGCUCCGUCGUGUCAAGAAGCACGUGCAGCAGGAGUUGGGUGACAAGGUCGAAAAGGAUGUUUUCUGUGAUCUCACCUACCGUCAGCGAGCCUACUAUUCGAACUUGCGCAAUCGCGUCAGUAUCAUGGAUUUGAUUGAAAAGGCCGCUAUUGGUGACGAUGCUGAUAGCACUACAUUGAUGAAUCUCGUGAUGCAGUUCCGUAAAGUUUGCAACCAUCCCGAUUUGUUCGAGCGUGCAGAUACUCGUUCUCCAUUCUCUAUGGGACAUUUUGCAGAGACCGCAUCAUUCAUGAGAGAAGGUCAUUUUGUUGAAGUGCUUUACUCAACGCGCAAUUUCAUCGAAUAUGAACUCCCACGCUUGUUUUUCACCGAUGAGGGACGUAUUGAUAUUCCCGGGUCAAAGAAUCCGAAGGCUGGUUUCCAAAACAAGUACCUUUCACAUCUCAUGAAUAUAUGGUCGCCGGAAAACAUCAAAAAGAGCAUGGCCGAAGAUCAGGCGUUUUCAUUUUUGAGGUUCGCCGAUGUCUCCCCACAAGAAGCCUACGAAACGUCACGUCUGGGAGGAUUUGAACUUGCGGUUCGUCGACGUGGCGUGCCGAACCGGCUCUCACGAAUUAAUGUGGCCUACGACAAGUCGGACGGCGAUGACCUUAAUUCCAUGCUUACGCACUCGCUAUUUAAUGUGAUCGACCGCAACGAUCGUUCUGAUCUUUGUAAUUCAGCUCUGGAUGGAUAUAUGCGAGAACUUCUGACUGUGUCACGAAAGGCAUUUGAUAAUGGAGGACUGGCCUUGAUUGAGCCGGCAGCCCGUCCUGCAGCCACUUCGCCUCCAAUAACCAUGUCUUGUUCCGGUCAAGCAGCAAUCAGGGAAACAAACAGUUUGCUUUUCAAUGUGCCUGCACGCCAAGCUCUCUACGCCAUGCAUAGCCGGCAAUUGGAUGAGCAGAUUGUCGAGAAGGGCUUAGAUCCUGUGCCUUACUCGCAUGCUCCAUUGUUGCCUGAGCCGAUUUCGUCCAAGGCUCGUUUCACUAAGAUUGAAAUACCAUCUAUGAGACGGUUUGUCACCGACUCUGGAAAACUGGCUAAAUUGGAUGAGCUCCUUGCCGAACUCAAGAAUGGCGGUCACCGUGUACUCUUGUACUUCCAGAUGACCCGCAUGAUUGAUCUGAUGGAAGAGUACCUAACGUACCGCAAUUAUAAAUAUUGCCGACUUGACGGAAGCACUAAACUUGAAGAUCGACGUGACACAGUUGCAGACUUCCAACAUCGUCCUGAGAUAUUUGUGUUCUUGCUUUCUACCCGUGCUGGUGGUCUUGGUAUCAAUCUUACCGCCGCAGAUACUGUCAUUUUCUACGACUCUGACUGGAAUCCCACCAUCGAUUCACAGGCCAUGGACAGAGCACAUCGUCUGGGUCAGACACGACAAGUCACAGUCUAUCGUCUCAUCACCCGCGGCACAAUCGAAGAGCGAAUCCGUAAGCGAGCUCUACAGAAAGAAGAAGUGCAACGGGUUGUCAUUUCAGGUGGCGCUGCUGGUGGUGUUGACUUUAAUACUCGUCACCGUGAGAACCGCACCAAGGACAUUGCAAUGUGGCUUGCAGACGAUGACCAAGCCGAGUUGAUUGAACAAAAAGAGCGAGAAGCGCUAGAGCGCGGAGAUGAUCCGCUUGCCAAGAAGGGAAAGAAGGCCCAAUUGAAGAAGAAGAAGGAUCUCACAUUGGAUGAUAUGUAUCACGAGGGCGAAGGACAUUUCGAUGAUGUUAGCGCGAAGCCUUCCGGUGCCGCAACGCCUGUGUCAGGUGAAGUCAUUCCACCUUCAUCCGCGUUGAGCAAGAAGCGCAGUAAAACUGCCAAGGGGCCUUCCAAGCGCGCAAAGACGACCAAGGAACGUCUGCGACUGAUUGACGGCGACAACGAUCCUAUAGACGAGUGA